AGUCCUUCCACACACACACAUAAAAAAAAAAGAAAAAAAGAAAAAAAAGAAGAGAGCCGUUUAAAAGAGUCAGAAAAGAAAAAAGCUAAUGGGUGGUGGUUUAAAGGCGGUGGCAGUCAUAACGGGUGGAGAUAAUUCUGUCAAAGGUUCUCUUCACUUCCUACAGAGUCAACUCAAUGGGGUGACACAAGUGAGAGGUAAGAUAACAGGGCUGAAACCAGGUCCUCAUGGAUUCCAUAUUCAUGCUCUUGGUGACACUACUAAUGGCUGCAAUUCUACUGGACCUCAUUUCAAUCCAUUUAACAAGGAUCAUGGAGCUCCUUGGGAUAAUGUACGUCACGCGGGUGAUUUGGGUAACAUUGUUGCUGGCCAAGACGGGGUUGCUGAGGUAUCAAUUGAAGAUAAAAAUAUUCCGUUAAGUGGGAAGCAUUCCAUUUUGGGAAGGGCUGUUGUUAUUCAUGCUGAUAGUGAUGAUCUAGGCAGAGGUAAUCAUGAACUUAGCAAGACAACUGGAAACGCAGGUGCCAGAGUUGGUUGUGGCGUUAUAGGGCUUCAAUCUUCUGUGUAAGGCUCGUAUGUACCUUGUAGCUUGUACAACAUACAUCCACUACUUAAUCAUGUUAUGAGAUUUGAGAAUAGAAAAUGACUGAUGAAGCAUUCCGCUCAAGAGCUCAAAGUUUAUAUCUUUCUAUCAAUAAACGAAAGGUCUUGUGUUGAAACGUUAAAACUAAGAAAACACACAAACACCACAACUUGACUGAUGUGAUGAAUAUUGUUAUACCCUAUAUCAUCAAAAUUUUAAAAUCA